AUGACAUUAACAGAGGAAGAACAAAAGAGAAGGGAAGAACAGGAACAGGAGGAACACAGACGGAAGGUGGAAGAACAAAAGAAGCAGGAAAAACAAAAUCAGGACGAUGAAGUUAGACGAAAGGAGGAAGAACAAAAGAGAAAGAAAAAACAGGAACAGGUGAUCAGACGGAAGGAGGAAAAACAUAAGAAGCGGGAAACACAGAAACAGGAGAUCAGACAGAAGGAGGAAGAACGUAAGCAGGAAAAACAGAAACAGGAGGAGGAAGUCAGACUUAAGGAAGCAGAACAAAAGAUAAAGGAAAAACAGGAACAUGAGGAGAUCAGACGGAAGGAGGAAAAACGUAAGAAGCAAGACAAACAGAAACAGGAGGAGGAAGUCAGACUAAAGGAGGCAGAACAAAAGAGAAAGGAAAAACAGAAACAGGAGGAGGAGGAAGAACAAAGGAGAAGGGAAAAACACAAACAGGAUGAGGAAAUAAGAAUGAAAGAGGAAGAACUAAGGAGACAGGAAGAGGAAGAAAUCAAGAGAUUAGCAGAAGAAACCAGGUCGAAGGAAGCAAAACUAAUGAGACUGCAGGAAGGAGAGAACCUGCAAAGUGAAUAA